GCCACUCCGCCUCCCAGCUGUUCGCAAAGAAGAAGAACAACAAUCUGAUUUGCGACAAAUUACUUGGAAAGAAAUAUGGUUUUAACCAAGGAAGAGCAGGAGCUAAUCAAGCGCAAGCAUGAGCAGACUCUGAAACUACGUACCGAGUUUCUGAAGCAAAGCUCGAAUCCUUUCCGUCAUGCCACUGGCGAGGGCGGCACAGUGUUCGAUGCUGGUCUGGCUCGCUUCCAGGCCAUGCGUGUGUCUAACUUUGAGCACUUUAAGCCCACGGGCAAAUCCUUCCGCACUGGUCUCUUUGCUGUUGUGCUGCCCAUUGUUGUCUAUGCCUGGGCCCUAAAGAGUGAACGCGACGGACGCGAGGCGAAGUACCGCACCGGUCAAGUGGCUUACAAGGAUCGUCAGUUUAAGUUUAUUUAAACGGGUAAUUUGGUUUUGUAGAGAAAAUUAAAAUGAAUCACGAAAUUAUUGUUAAUAAAAACUUGUUUAUUUCUCCUCCA